GAAGGACUCUCCCUCUCUACAUAGCGGUUUGGAACAGAUAAAUAACCCCGCCCCCUCUGGCAACAGCUUCACUCCUGCCAGAGCGAGGAAUCUUGGGACGCGUCCAAAACCGCAUACUACUGCACUAAAGAGUGUUUACGUAAACGGUGCUCGGAAACUGCGUUCCGUUAACGGUGUAUUCCCGUGACCUGAGCAUUCGGAGAUGACACCGGAAAGGAAGACGACGAAGAAGCAGUAACAACAACCCCAGCUCCCUCCUUGCAAGACAUUUUUAAAGUUAAAGAGCAGGAUUGGGGCAGACAUGUUCUCCGCCGAGGCGCACUGAAGCCAGGGGAAGGGAGGGAAUCACAGCCUGGCAGAACAGUGGAGUAGGAGAUGACAUCUACUUGACAUCCAGACAUCCCAAACUUUUUUUUUUUCCCCCUACAGCUGUUUCCAGCCCUCUUACAUCUGCAUGAUGAGCAUCGCUGGAGAAACACUGCGCAUCCCUUAGCGCUCUGCACUGGUCCCUUCAUUUUGCUCUACAGGUCGCUGGGGGGGGGGGCGGGGGGCAGGGGGCAGACAUGAAGAAAACAGCGCAGUGGCCCAAGGACGAGGUCGCAAUCGACCCGAGCAUGGAGACUCACUUGAACGGCCACGCUAACGGCCAUGCCGCCGGCGACGGGAGUAAGUCCAUGCGCAACGGCCUGGUCAACGGUUUCCAUAAGGAAGUGGUGCGGAUUCAAAUCCCCGGGCCACCCAGCUCUUCAUUUCCCACCGAGUGGGGCAAAACUGCCAUGGCCUUGUUAUAUGCCAUCUGCUGCUUCAUUUUAACCACUGUAAUGAUCUCGGUAGUCCAUGAACGUGUACCUCCCAAGGAGGUCAGCCCUCCGCUGCCGGAUAAGUUCUUUGACUUUUUUGACCGUGUGGAGUGGGCUUUUACUGUGUGCGAGAUUAAUGGGAUGAUUCUGGUGAUUUUAUGGAUCUUACAGUGGAGUCUCUUGAAACACAAGUCCAUUGUUGGGAGGCGGUUCCUUUUCAUUGUAGGGACACUGUACCUGUACCGAUGUAUCACCAUGUACAUCACUACUCUGCCUGUUCCAGGAAUGCACUUUAAGUGUUCACCUAAGCUGCACGGAGAUUGGCAGUCCCAGAUGUGGCGGGUGAUGAAGAUGCUCGCCGGCGGAGGUUUAACCAUCACCGGCUCUCAUCACAUGUGCGGGGACUACCUCUACAGCGGCCACACGGUCAUGCUGACCCUCACCUAUCUCUUCAUUAAAGAGUACUCUCCUAGACGCUUCUGGUACUACCACUGGGCGUGUGGGACGCUCUGUGGCGUGGGCUUGUUCUGCAUCCUGCUCGCUCAUGAUCACUACACCAUAGACGUAGUCAUUGCCUACUACAUCACCACUCGCCUCUUCUGGUGGUACCACACCAUGGCCAACCAGUCGGAACUCAAGGCAGCGUCUCAGAGCAACUUCCUGUCCCGCGUCUGGUGGUACCAGGUCUUCCAGUAUCUGGAGCGGAACGUGCAAGGUGUCGUCCCUCGCAGCUACCACAUCCCGUUCUCGUGGCGAUCGAUACAGUGGGGCACUGUGAAGUACACCAGGAUCGACUCGGACUGAUUGUAAAAAAACAAAAAAACUCAAUCCGAAGAGCAAGACUCUGAAAGACUUGCCUUAAGUGCCAGGUCAUGUGACAAACCAAGCCAAUCCCUUUACCGCUCGGCCACGAGACGUCCCGGUCCACCAGUCUGUCUGAACUAUCGUCAUCCGAAGCAUUUCAUUCCUCAGCCACUACAGGCAUUCCCUCCGCAUUUCAGCCCUGAUGCGCUGAUGGGAUGCGAGGUGUGUGUAGUAUGAAUAAUGAAUGCCUUCAUCACUUAGCACCUGCCAAAAAUGGUCACUUUUUUUUUUUUUUUUUUUUUGGCGACGUGACCGUUAACAAAACCGCUAAUUCAGUAGACGUUUUGCGUCCGUGCGUUACUUGAACAUGGAGUAAAGUGAACAAGUUACAGACAUUUCCGUCCGCUUUCAGACUGAGCCAGUUUACCAUGUUUAACGACUGACCUACAUGACAGAGUGGAAUCUAAAGUUUGCCCCAACCAGCGGGUUGUUAUUAUUAUUAUUAUUAUUUUAUUUUAUUUUUUCUUCCAGACUGUUCGCUUUACCCACGCACCCAAGCGUAGAAGUGUCCCUUUAACUGAAAAUCCUGCAGUUUGUUAUAUAUUUUUCCCCAGAAAAAAACGACUCGCAGGAGAGAAGCUAUUUGAAGACAAGUGCAGUUUUGUAGCUAUCCACAUAAACAACAACAAAAAAAUAAAUAGCAAAAUGGCUUUCUAUAAAGAAUAGUGAUUUAUUUUUCAGAAGAAGAAUUAAAUUUUUUUUUUUUAAAUUGAGAGCGAAUGGAGACAAAAGACUGUUUUCGGUGAUACAAACUUCCUCAGUGCCUUCCUCGUCAGGAUUGUGCAUCGAUCCUGUAGUCUGU